ACGUGAAUCAUUUCGAUCUUUUUUUUUCAAAGAGGGUGGGGAGGGAGCACAGCUCAGCUCUUGCGUGCGUUGUGCGAUGACGCGGUGGUCAGGUGUCUGCUCAUAUAUGCGGAGGAGCUGUCCGAGUGCUGCACACACAACACAACACAACAAAGCUGCAAGAGGACAUGCCCAACACCUCCGCUGUUGUCUGAGCGUUCUUUUCAAAGGUGACCAAUUGCCUCUAAUAUGCUGCAUUUCCACCACAAGUUGCCCGCGGGGGCAGCCCUGGUCCUGCUCGCCGUCCUCCUCCACGGAUGCGGCGUGCAGGCCGCGUCUCUCCCCCGCCACUACCAAGGGCAGCCGGCCGGCUCCGAUCUGCUCAAAGCUUUGCAGUACAUCGAGAACCUGAAGCAGCGUAACGGGGGUCGCCCCGGACCCGCGCCGUCAGACUACGACCAAGUGGAAAAGUUCAAGGUGUUGCUUCAACUCGCCUCCCAGCAACAGCAGCAACAGGGUGACGAGGAGGAGGAGGGCGACGACGACGACGAGGCUCCCGCCGAACGCCAGGACGUCACCGCCGAACAUCUGAUGAGAUCCUUACUCGAGUCCCUGCGGGAUAAGGCGAAGCUCAGCCCUGCGUCGACUCCCCGGGACGACCGCCGCCUACACAGACACCGCACCAAAGGUACUGAAACGGCGCAGAGCCCGCCGGCCGAUUACGCCAACUACCCCAGACCCCACAAGAAGUACCCGUUGAUGUUUGAGGAUGAGGAGAACACGGAUGCCUCGAAGCGGGCUACCGAGGAUCUGGACCAGAAGUACACGCCUCAGAGCCUCGCCAACCUUCGCUCCAUCUUUGAGGAGCUGGAGAGGAUGCCCCUCUCCGUAGGACAGAAGAGAGACAUCUUUGGGGACGAGGAGGACGAGGAGGCCGAUGAGGACGGAGCCCCCCCCGGAGAGGAGUGGGUCCCCGUGGAGGAACGAGAGGAGAGCGAGGAGAUGGUGAACGGGAGCCACGAGGAAGCAGACGGGGCCCUCGGGGAUCAGGAAGACAACGGGGAGGAAGUGCAGCGGCGCUCAGAUCAGGACCACCAGGAGGACGCCGACGAUGACACCAAGCUGGUCGAUUACUACUUACUUAAAGUUCUGGAGAUGAGCGACCAGACACAGAAGAGGGACCGGACCGGGGAGCGACGAAAGAGACUCAUCCGUCCCUCUGUCGUGGAUCCCCGUACGGUCAAGGAGCUUCUGGAGCUGUCGUUGAAGCUCCACGUCCCCCCGCAGGACCUCAUCGACACGCUGCUCACGGAGGAGCUCCGCAAGCUCCGCCGUAACCCGCCGCCGCCACCGUCUCGAUACACCACCGGACAAACCCCCAAGAUUCGCUACUUCAGCCGAAGACUGCCCUUGAAGAGCAAGACCGCCACCCCCGAGGACAUGGACCGAGAGGACUUUUUGGACAUCGUGGGCGUGGAAACCAUCAGUAACGAGUACCCGGUGAUGCCCGGACCCGUCGAGACGACGGCGGAUAGGAUUCCGGCGGGGACCCACCCUGAUCCAAAUGCGGUCAAAAUCCCGCCCCCGCCGGCCGGACGGAGGGAGAAUCUAUUCUUGUCCGAGCUCAACAAAAUGCCCUUUCGCCGUCGGGCCGAUGACGACGACGACGGCGACGUGGAGGACGAGGUGACCACCUAUCUGGCGGCCAAAAUCCUGACCGAGUACCCACCCGACGGCAUGGCCAAGCGAGACACCCGGGCUCAGACCCAAGGCCGCUUCCCCUACGAGCUGUACGAGAGGGCCGUGAAGGACUACCUCAGCCAGGCAGCGGACUCUGCCAGCAGACCGGUGGCCAAGCGGGAGGCCCGAGAGGAGAAGCCCGCUGAGGUGCAGAGCAAGGAGGAGGCGGAGGAGGAGGAAGAGGAGGAGGGGAUGAAGGCCAAGAACUCCGCCCUGGCCCCGGGCACGGCGUCGGGAGGAGAGGGAGGAGGAGGAGGAGAGCACCGUGACAAAGCCGCGGCUGGAAUGUAAACGCUGUGAUUCAAGUAUUUCAAUUUUCUCUGUAUGGUGGAUGUGAUCUAGUUUACAAAUUUUCUUGUACAAAUCAUAGCUGGUAUCACCCUAAUUAAAAAAAAAAAAAGAAAAAACAAGUAUAUACACACACACACACACAUAUAUAUAUAUAUAUAUAUAUACAUAUAUAUAGUCCCUAUUUGCUGCAAGGUCGUUAUAGAAAUAUAAUGACAUCAUAGGAGACUCAAAUCACAGGGUUUGUCACUUCUAUUCCUCCUAAAUUCUCUAUAAAUAUCAAAUAAGAGUUUCUAAUUACGUUUUGUGACACUGUUAAAGUUUGACACUGUGUUUGCAGAACAUGUCUACUUGACAUUCGAUUUCAAAACGUGUUGAAUUGAAGUAGAUGUGAAGAUCCCAGUACUUUGCUAACAUUUGGGUUGCCGACUGGAACGAGCGUGUAUCCCGGCCGGGUUUGUGAAGUUGUCGUCAUUGUGAUUACGGAUGGUGAUCUACCAGUCUAAAUAUCAGCCUGCCUUCCAAUCGCUUUCAUACCGCAAAGCUCUGCGUUGUCGGCCUACCGGUGGUUGUGCUCUGUAUGCUCAUUUUUAAACCAUUUUGUACAUGCUCGAUAAUGUGUGAUGAAGCACAGAUGAAUAAAGCAUCAGCGGUAUUA